UCUCAGUUCCACUAUGAAACAGCUGCCGGCAGAAACUAUUCGUCUCCUUUCAAGUUCUCAGGUGAUUACAUCAGUUGUCAGCGUGGUGAAGGAGCUGAUAGAAAAUUCCUUGGAUGCCAGUGCCACAAAUAUUGAUGUUAAACUGGAAAAUUACGGGUUUAACAAAAUAGAAGUAAGAGACAACGGCAAUGGAAUCAAGGUUGCUGACGUUCCAGUUAUGGCAAUUAAACACUACACCUCAAAAAUAAGCUCUUCUGAAGACCUUGAAAGGUUGACAACGUACGGUUUCCGUGGGGAGGCUUUGGGAUGCAUUUGCAGUAUAUCAGAGGUUUUGAUCACAACAAAGACAGCUGAUGAUGAUUUCAGCACUCAGUAUGCUUUGGAUAGCAGUGGGCGUGUAACUUCUAAAAAGCCUUCCCAUCUUGGGCAAGGUACUACAGUAACAGUCCUAAAGUUGUUUAAGAAUCUUCCUGUAAGAAAGCAAUUUUACUCAACAAAUAGAAAAUGUAAGGAAGAACUGAAGAAAGUCCAAGAUCUACUGAUAGCAUAUGGUAUCAUAAAACCAGACCUGAGGAUAACCUUAACACAUGAUAAGGCAGUUAUUUGGCAGAAGACCAAGGUGUCGGAUCACAAAAUGGCCUGUAUGUCAGUUCUGGGAACAGCCGUUAUGGGCAGUAUGGUACCUUUUCAACACUGCUGUGAAGAUCCUGAGGUAAAUCUUUCUGGAUUUCUCCCAAAAGCUGGGUCAGACAGUUCUUUGACAAGCCUUUCAAGUUCAGAAAGGAGUUUUGUUUUUAUAAAUAAUCGUCCAGUUCAUCAGAAGGAAAUACUGAAGUUAAUUCGACAGUACUACAGUCUGGUGACGCGCAAGGACUGUACUCGUUUAUACCCAGUUUUCUUUUUGAAUAUUACUGUACCUGCCUCUGCUGUGGAUGUGAAUUUAACACCUGAUAAAACUCAAGUUUUACUGCAUUAUAAGGAAUCUGUCUUACUUGCUGUUGAAAAUGUGUUGAAAUCACUGUAUGGGCCACUACCUGCUACAGUCCCUGGUGAAAGUAAUAAAACAGAUGUUACCUCAGAAGACAUGUUUGUCCAUCGAACAGAACAAACAGAUGUGGUUGUUAACGAAAUGGGACCAUCUGGAAACGAUGAUCUACAUGCUCGUACUUCAUUCCUUUCAUUCAGCAGUGACGUGCAAAACUGUCAAGCAGGAAAAAACACAGAGAUCUGCUUAAAUCAUCAGACAUUUUGUGGUGAUAAUGUACAUAGUUGCCUGGACAAAAGAGAGGUUUCUAAGAGUGAUGCUGUUCCAGACAGUUCCUUAAAUUUAUUGUGUGAGGAGGAACGGAAUGGACAGAAGAUGACUGAUAUCCAAAGUAAUGGUGUUCCUGUUGACUCCAAGUCUAAAAAAGCCGAUGAGCGUCGUUUGAGUUCUGAGAAUAUUGACGAAAUAGAAGAAAAUGAGGAGGCCUUAGUCCUUAAAGACUUAGCUGAAAUCUCUGCUAAUGAUUGGAGUAUGGGAAAUGGAUUUAAAAACUCUCUGGGAGACAACCUGGAACCUGUUAAGAUUUUGGUUCCUGAAGUUGGAGGAACAGUUAAUACGCGAAAUGAACGUACUGGUGAACAAAGCAAUGAUCCACAGAUCUCAAAUCAAAGCAUGAAGAAAAGAAAUGUGAUAAGUGAUAAAUUCGGACAGGUGACGGCUUAUGACUUAAUUAGUAGCAGAAUAAUAAGGAAACCGAAGUCUGCAAUUGGAUUUUUCACUCAAGAAUGUCGUCCAGAGCAGUGGAAGAAUUUUAAUGAAGAGGAAAAAAAGAACUACGAAAUAAAAGCCGCUAAAGACCUGGAACGGUACAACAGAGAGGUCAAGAAAGCUGUGGGACAGACAACGCACCGACCAGCAAAGGAGGCAGAAAAACAGAAAGCCAAGCUGAAGUCUUCCCCAUCCGACCAGCAGAAGCUUGACAAGAUAUUUCAUGCUCAAAUGGAAAAGAAGCGGAAACCUGAACAGCCUACAAAAAUUGUGACAGUGCCUUUUUCUCUGAGUUCCUGUAGACAUCAGCUUCAGAGACACGAGAAGAGCGAUUCAGAAGAACAUGAGCUUUUCCUGAUCCGUCGUCAGAGUUUUCCUGAUGUCUGGAUAUUUGCUACUGAAAAAAAGCUAAUGUUCCUGAAUCCAUAUAGAUUGGAAGAAGCCCUGCUACGUAAAAGGUUACUGAUGAAUCAUAAGCUUCCAGUAGAGAAACUGGACAACCCAAUUGUGUUAACAGACAGUCUUAUUGGUGGAUCUCAGUAUAUGGCUGCUCUUUGUAAAAUGCAGAAGGAUUACCAGAGUUUCAGUGGAUCAGGUUAUUUGUCAGAUCCAAGGCUUGUAGCAAAUGGAUUCCAGAUAAAAGUGAUAGAAGGUGCUUCAGCUACGGAAAGUCAUCUGGAAAUAGAGGGGAUGGCAAAUUGUCUGCCAUAUUAUGGUAUUUCUGAUUUGAAGGAAAUUCUGAAUGCGGUAGUUAAUGGAAAUGCAAAGGAAGUAUAUGAAUGCAGGCCUCUCAAAGUGGUAAAUUACUUGGAGGGAGAAGCAGUACGUUUAGCUCGGCAGCUGCCCUUACAUUUGUCAAAAGAAGAUGUACAAAACACAAUUUACAGGAUGAAGCAACAGCUUGGAAAGGAAAAUAAAGGCUGUGUUCAUGGUCGUCCUUUUUUUCAUCACUUAACAGAUAUUCCAGAAGUUGACAAGCACAACUCCACGGAAAUUAUUCAGUAAAUGGAACAUUUUGUUUGGGAUCAUAUUUCUCUUGCUUAAUUUUGAUCAUUACUCUGUAAUUUCAGCAUGUUUUGUGCAAAAUUUUUGUAUAAUGACUUUUCAUUAUCCUAUGUUCACCUCCUAGAGACUUUUUUUUAUUUAAAUUCAUAUGCUACUUGAAAACUAGAAAUAAAUACUGUAGAGAAAUAACUUGUUGCUAUUUUUUUAAAGAUUUUUAUUAAAGAAAUGUUCUCAA